AUGAACCGAGCAUGGAACAUCAAUCUAGACGAAGAAUGCAUAAGAAAGGGUGCUAAUUCGGCUGCACAGUCAAGUGCAGUAAGACCAUCCUUCAAGCAAAAUAGCAAGCAAGAUAGGUUCAAACCUAAAGAACAGAGACCACCGUAUGAUAUCCACCAAAGUUUCAAUACGAGGGGGGACUUAAAGAAAUAUUUCCAAUUUCAUGAUGGACAUGGACAUGUCACCGACGAAUGCAGAAGUUUGAAAAAAGAAACCGAUCGAUUGGUGCAAGUUGGGGACCUAAAAUACUUUGUGGCACAAAGUAAAAGUUAUAAUCCAGGAGGAAAUAAUCAAGGAGAACAAAGCAAUAAAAGAGACGAAGGGCCACCACUGAAGAGGCAAAACGUAGCAGGGGUAAUCAACACAAUAGCAGGGGACAUGGCAGACCCCGAGUACAAGCGUGGUCAGCGGAAAAGGAAAAAAAUGGUAAUGAACAUUGCAGUCACAACACCUCUAUCCGAGGUCAGUUUCGGUCCAACAAAUGGCGAAGGGGUAUAUUUUCCACAUCAGGAUCCACUAGUAACUUUAGGUCUAAUCGAAAACUUCUGGGUAAUGAAACAAAUGGUAGUAGAUGAAGGAAGCUUGGUAAAUCUCAUCACUAAAGAGGCGUAUCUUGGAAUAGGAUGCUCAGUGCUAAACCUAAAACUAGUCAGAACACCUCUGGUCGGCCUAGGAGGAACGUCAGACAAGCAGAGGGUGUAG